UUAUAACAAAUGACGUUGAUAAAAUUAUAAACAUUGCACAACUAACCAGCAAUGCAUUGAAAAACUAUUUAAACAGACCGACACCACUGUCAGAUCGACAAAACCGAAUCCAAAGGACACAAGGACACAUAAAAGCUUGAAGUAAACGGGAUCCCUAAAAAAAUAAAAUAUGGUGCAAAAGACAACGAAAUGCGGUGUCCAUUCCGGGAACACACUGCGUGCUUCUAACAGCAAAUACACCAAGACAUACAGAAAGAAUUCCUAUCUUGUCCGAACUAUCAAGAACUCCGCAAACCUGCGCAUUCUACAGGAUUUUGGCGUUGCCACUGAUGAUGUGGUCUACUCUCUAAACAAAAAGGGCCGGUGGGUCCUUCCUAACGUUCUAAAAGAGCACAUCCUCCUUAGCGGUUUCAGUGAAGAUAGCCCCAAUGUUCAACUCACCGAAAGCCACAAAAUAAGAAAGCCUGCCAAAUGUCUCGGCUACUACGCCUCAAAAGGACCCAUCAGAAAGGCAGUGCCAUCCAAAAAGAGAUACUUCAACAUUUCUAGCGUAAAGAAUUUGAGUUCACCAUCUUUGAAAAAUAAGGAGCAGAAAGAGGGGACAGAAGAAGUAAAAGAGUGCGCAGAACCGGAAAUCAAUGUAGAGGUUUACCAUCCAACUCCAAUGUCAAGCUCUCUCACCCACAACAGGAAAUACAUCAAACCGGCCCAACACACCGAUUUCCAAAUUCAAACAAAGAACAAGAAAACAAAGAGAAGAAUUCGUAAUGCAAAAUUUGAUAUAGAUCUAUUUGAAGAUGAUUUUUGUGAAGAGUAUUGGGAUGAUAAUGGUGAUGAUGUAGAAAAAGAGAAUCAUUUUUCCCAACGACCACUGACCUUCUUCACCGCAGCUGAUAUCCUUAAAUCAGCAGCAAAGGCAAAGAAGAUUUUUGAAAAUGGAAAAAGAAAGUGCAGAAACUUGAGCUCCGAGGAUAUCACACCAAAAGCCAAAAUUGUAUAUGUAGACGAACCCAAAGAAAGCAACCAUAAGAAAACACUAGAAACCAAGAGAAUUACUCAAACCUCGGAGCAACGUAAAGUGGGAUAUAGAAAAAAAAUGGUCCCAAGAAAGGUUGUUUUAUCUACUAAAGAAACUCAGCCUGAAUUCUUAAAGUUCGUGUACGGUGACAAGUAUAUAGAAUGCAAAACGUUUCCCCGUACAUUCGUGAUCAACGUCACAGAUGAAGUAAAAGCUGCAAUGAAGAAAACCGCCCCUAUGAGUUACAAAGCAUUUCUGUAUGACCUUACCACUCUUCUAAUUUUCACAUACGAUAUUUACGCAGGAAAUGCAAAUACAGAGGAAACAUUCGACGUGUAUCUCAAUGUGAAUGUGAAGGCAGAUAUCAUAGAACCAUCCACAUUGUUCAGUUACAUCAGCGGCUCUUUGGAAUCCAUCAUUAAUCAUGCAAUAUCCCAGGUCAGAGUCUUUGAAGAAAAUCAAUUCGAACGGUUAAAGCUAUAUCCAAAUGGAAAAAACGAGGGUGUGCUUAACGUUUUAGAUUCUUGUUGGUCUAAAAGUAAAUCAUCUACUGUGUCGGAAGAAGAAUUAUUUGAAGAGGCUUUGCAAGAACAUGGAGCAAUGAGCAAAUUUGAGGGAGCAGAAUUUGAAGCGCUGCCCUCUGAAGUUUGUUUCAUUUGCUUUGAAACGAUGAAUGAGAAUAGAUCCGGCAUUGCUUUGGAUAGUUGUGGACAUUGGUUCUGCAGAGACUGUUGGAGAGAGCAUCUCCACAAAGAUUUCUCCAAGCUUCUCUGCCCAGAGUUUAAUUGCGAUAAAGAGGUAGAUUUCAGCACGAUUCUUCAAAUUCUAAAUAUCUCAGAAGUUCGAAAGUAUUUGAUUCGUAGAAGGGAAUCUUUGGUUCAAAUUCAACAGAAAUAUUGUCCAAACGAGAAGUGUGGACGGGUCAUAUCUACCUUGUUAGCAACAACACACACGAAUGCUGCAUGCAAAUGUGGAAUCAAGUUUUGCUCACAUUGUUUCAAGUUUCCUCACUGGCCUGCACCAUGUGACACUUCUCAGCAAUACUGGGGAUUGUUGAAGAAGAAUGGCAUUGACAUAACUCCUAACGAUUCAGAUUACUCAACACAAGUUCCAGAGAUUUCGGUCAAAGGAAAGGUCUGUCCUAAAUGCAAACGAUUUAUAGAGAAAGAUGGUGGAUGUUAUACCAUGAUAUGCGUAUGUGGUACCAUCUUUUGCUGGGGAUGCCUAGGCAUUUAUGGUGAAAACCACGCUGGGAGCGAUCUCUGUAACCAAUCCACACAUGGAGACCUACACUAUACUCGUAAAAUGCGCAUUAAAAAUUAUGAAGUUGCGCAAAACAAGAUGAAAGCGGAAUCUGCACUUCUUCAAGCUGCAGUCAAUCACCGAACAGAGAGGGCGUUGCCUAAAACAGUAAAUAUGAAUCGGACAAUUCACUCAUUAUGUCAAAAAUUUCGGACACUAGGACGGAAAUCGAUAACAAAGAUUGCAGAAAUUUUGGCGGACGAUAAUGCUGAAGAAAAAUCACUUUCGUACGUUAAAUUUGAACAUUUUUUGCGCAGUAUGUCGAACUUGUAUUUAGAAAUGCGCCAUCUUGCCGAGUAUACUGCAGUGUUUGCGGAUCAGAAUACCAGGUCCCCAAAACGAAUAAAUUGUAUCCUUGCGCGUAUAGAGAGCCUUGCUGCAGAGAUUUACGAUAAAUUGUGCCAGGAUACUGAUGGCGAUGUAGCCUCUCUUGUUUGCGAUCUGAUGGACAUUAAGGACCAUUGUAUGAAGACAGUGUCUGGCCUUGUCAAAUUGGUCACUAAAUGAAUUAGUUUCGUACAACAUGAAAAUAACUUAAAAAAUAUUAACAGUUCUAAGUGUUAUCUAACACAUUGUUCAAAGUACAAAAUUGAUUAUAUCCUGAGAUCAUACAGUAAAAAUAACGUAGUAUUUUGUCCAUUCGUUGUACUUUUAAGAUUUAUUUUAAACAUAUGCCACACAGUAUUUAUAUUUCAAAUAAAGAUGUUCUAGAAAAGGAUAAGA